UGAUGUUUCAAAACACGGGCUUCUCAUUCGCGAAUCCCGUCACGGUGUAAACAGACCUCUGCUUUUAUUGUGUUCACGACAUUAACCAAGUGUCCUGUGAUGUCAGUGGUCCAGCAGCUAUGGAGAGAAACUCUUACUUAAACUUUUUAAGAAUAAAACAGAUUUUGACGAAAUAUUAUGGAACAAACAGUUUUAUAUCCCGGUCUACAGUAUGAUCUUUCACAGGAGUCGGCUAAUCCUGCAACAACAACAACAACAAUUACAACAUCUAAUAACAACAAUCAACAGUUUCAACAACAGAUCCGUUCGACUACAAGUCAGGCAAGUAACGGUGGUAGUAACGGCGCCGGGAGUAACAACCGUCUAUGGUCUGUUCAGCCGGUAUCGUCAGUGCCACCAUUCACAGCAGGCUGUGCAUGGCAAGGCCCACUUAGCACCGCUACAGCACACACCGCGAUGAGUACAGUGGGGGCGGGCGUGACGAGCCCGGGUCAAGCGGGGGCCCGUCCGCCGGCUGCCCCCAAGCGCCCGGUGCGCAGAGGAAAACCGCCUCCAGAUCGGCCCCAGCGCGCUCUAUUCUGUCUGCCGCUCAAAAACCCUGUUAGGAAGUUGUGCAUAGAUGUUGUCGAAUGGAAACCAUUUGAAUAUUUAAUUUUACUUACAAUUUUUGCAAACUGUGUUGCCUUAGCCGUGUACACUCCUUUCCCAAGUGGCGACUCUAAUACAACCAAUUUCUUUUUGGAAAAAAUUGAAUAUAUAUUUUUAGUAAUUUUCACACUUGAAUGUAUAAUGAAGAUAGUUGCGUACGGAUUUAUGAUGCAUCCUGGUGCUUAUCUAAGAAAUGGAUGGAACUUGUUAGAUUUUACUAUUGUUGUUAUAGGAAUGAUCAGUACAGCGUUGCAAUUUUUUACAAAAGAUAGUUUCGACGUUAAAGCUCUUAGAGCAUUUCGGGUAUUGCGUCCUUUAAGGCUAGUUUCUGGCGUUCCAAGUCUGCAAGUUGUGUUAAAUUCAAUUCUACGUGCCAUGGUGCCUUUACUACACAUUGCUCUACUUGUUUUGUUUGUUAUUAUUAUAUAUGCAAUUAUCGGAUUAGAAUUGUUCUCAGGAAAAAUGCAUAAAACUUGUUUUGAUAACAUUACAAAUGAAAUGAUGGAUGAUCCGCAUCCAUGUGGAGAUGGAUAUAAUUGUUCAGAAAUCGGCCCCACAAUGGUUUGCAAUUACUCUUGGCCUGGACCAAAUUUUGGAAUUACUAAUUUUGACAAUUUCGGAUUAUCUAUGUUGACUGUUUUUCAAUGUAUAACUUUAGAAGGGUGGACUGAUGUACUUUAUAAUAUACAAGACGCAAUGGGACGAACCUGGCAAUGGACCUACUUUGUAUCCAUGGUCAUUUUGGGCGCAUUCUUUGUAAUGAAUCUUAUUCUUGGUGUUCUUAGCGGAGAAUUUUCGAAAGAAAGAGAAAAAGCCAAAGCCAGAGGUGAUUUUCACAAGCUUCGUGAGAAGCAACAAAUAGAAGAGGACCUACGAGGUUACCUCGACUGGAUUACACAAGCUGAAGACAUUGAACCUGAAGGUGAAGACCAAAUGAAAAAUCAAGAGGUUAAUGCCGAAAUAGAGUCUACAGAUCAUUUCGGCGAAGAAACAGAAGUUCAGCAAGAAUCUUGGUUUAAAAAACGAAAAAAAGGAUUCGACAGAAUCAACCGCCGAAUGAGACGAGCUUGCAGAAAAGCUGUCAAAAGUCAAACAUUCUAUUGGCUGAUCAUUGUUCUUGUAUUCCUCAAUACCGGAGUAUUAGCUACAGAGCAUUACGAACAGCCCCCGUGGUUGGACGACUUCCAAGAAUACACAAACAUGUUUUUCAUAACUCUAUUUACGUUAGAAAUGUUACUAAAAAUGUACAGCUUAGGAUUCCAAGGAUAUUUCGUGUCCCUUUUUAACAGAUUCGACUGUUUUGUCGUUAUCGGAAGUAUUACUGAAAUGAUUUUAACGAAUACUAAAGUAAUGCCUCCCCUAGGAAUAUCUGUGCUGCGAUGUGUACGACUCCUAAGAGUUUUUAAAGUCACGAAGUACUGGAGAUCAUUAUCAAAUCUGGUUGCUUCGUUAUUAAAUUCGAUACAGUCAAUCGCAUCCCUUCUUCUUUUGUUGUUUUUAUUCAUCGUUAUAUUUGCCCUACUCGGAAUGCAAGUCUUCGGUGGAAAAUUCACAUUUAAUGCAACAAGUGAAAAACCACGGUCAAACUUUGAUAGUUUCUGGCAAAGCCUCCUUACUGUAUUUCAGAUUCUAACCGGUGAAGACUGGAAUACAGUAAUGUAUAAUGGAAUACAGGCUUAUGGGGGUGUGUCCUCUGUGGGGGCAUUAGCGUGUAUAUACUUCAUCAUUCUCUUUAUAUGUGGUAACUAUAUUCUCUUGAAUGUCUUCUUGGCUAUCGCCGUUGAUAAUUUAGCCGAUGCAGAAUCGCUGACAGCAAUCGAGAAAGAGGAAGAAGAGCAGCAGCAAGAAGCUGAGAAAAAUCAGUCCAAAAGCCCUACACCAGUUAGGGAUGAUGAAGAUGGAGAAGGAGAGCGCAGCGAAGAUGAGGAAGAUAUUGAAGAAGGCGAAGGUGUCUACGAUUCUGAAAGGUCGGAACGUGACGAAGAAGAUGAAGAAGACGAAGAGGACGAAGAAGAGGAAGAAGAAGCGGAGUCACAGGCUAAAAUUAAUUUAAAUCAUGAAGAAGAAGGUGAUCAGGAAAUCAAUGAGGACGAUGACAACGAGCCUACAGGUGCGAGGCCAAGACGUAUGUCGGAAGUAAAAACUAAUUCGAAGAAAUUGCCUAUACCACCAGCGUCGUCUUUCUUCAUUUUCUCUCCUACAAACAGGUUUCGUGUGUUUUGCCACUGGCUGUGCAAUCAUAGUAUUUUUGGAAACAUAAUUCUAGCCUGUAUUUUGAUAUCAUCUGCCCUUUUGGCUCUAGAAGACCCCAUCAAUGCCAAGUCAGAAAUGAAUUCGGUGCUGCAGUUAUUCGAUUACUUUUUCACUGCUGUAUUUUCCAUAGAACUUAUACUUAAGACAAUUUCAUAUGGGUGCAUACUUCACGACGGUGCCUUUCUAAGGUCAGCAUUUAACGUGCUCGAUUUGGUUGUAGUAUGCGUAUCGUUGGUGUCAAUAUUCAACAGUCAAGGUGCAAUGUCCGUGGUGAAAAUACUUCGAGUUCUUCGAGUUCUUCGUCCAUUACGCGCUAUUAACAGAGCAAAGGGACUGAAGCAUGUUGUCCAGUGUGUGAUAGUUGCGGUAAAGACCAUCGGCAACAUAGUGCUGGUCACCUGCCUCCUUCAGUUCAUGUUCGCUGUAAUAGGAGUCCAAUUGUUCAAGGGAAAAUUCUCCAGUUGUUCAGAUGGAUCAAAACUUACAGCCAGUGAAUGCAACGGUACUUAUAUUGUUUAUAAGGACGGCGACAUAAACAAACCGGAAAUGAACAACAGAGAAUGGCAGAACAACAGAUUUCAUUUUGACAACGUGGCUAAAGCUAUGCUGACAUUGUUUACAGUAUCAACAUUUGAAGGAUGGCCUGGCUUACUGUACGUUUCAAUAGACUCAAACGAAGAAAACCGUGGACCAAUACAUAACUACCGCCCCAUAGUAGCAGCAUAUUACAUUAUUUACAUAAUAAUAAUAGCUUUUUUUAUGGUUAAUAUCUUCGUCGGUUUCGUUAUUGUUACAUUCCAAAACGAAGGUGAACAAGAGUACAAAAACUGUGAGCUAGAUAAGAACCAGCGAAACUGCAUAGAAUUUGCUUUAAAAGCGAAACCAGUUAGAAGGUACAUUCCGAAACAUCGCAUACAGUACAAGGUUUGGUGGUUCGUUACCUCAAGACCUUUUGAAUAUACAAUUUUUAUUUUAAUUCUGAUCAAUACCAUAACGCUAGCUAUGAAAUUUCACAGACAACCUUAUCUUUAUUCGGAAGCUCUCGAUAUUCUAAACAUGAUCUUUACAUCGGCAUUUGCUUUAGAAUUCGUUUUCAAAUUAGCUGCAUUUAGAUUCAAAAAUUACUUUGGUGAUGCUUGGAACGUGUUUGAUUUUGUAAUAGUUUUGGGAAGUUUCAUUGACAUAGUUUACUCUGAAGUAAACCCUGGUUCAAGUCUUAUCUCCAUCAAUUUUUUCCGAUUAUUCCGAGUUAUGAGACUUGUUAAAUUGUUAAGCAGAGGGGAAGGAAUAAGAACUUUAUUAUGGACCUUCUUGAAAUCGUUUCAAGCCCUACCCUACGUAGCUUUGUUAAUUGUCAUGUUGUUUUUUAUAUAUGCUGUUAUUGGGAUGCAGAUGUUUGGAAAAAUAUCCAGUAGCACUUCUGGUUCUUCCAUCACAAGAAAUAACAACUUCGCUUCAUUUUUUCAAGCAGUACUUGUGCUAUUUCGAUCUGCUACCGGGGAGUCGUGGCAGGAUAUUAUGAUGGACUGCGCCGAUAACGACUACGUCGAAUGCGAUUCACGAGUUCAAGAUACAGACUGUGGCUCUGACAUAGCCUACCCUUAUUUCAUUUCGUUUUAUGUGCUCUGCUCUUUUCUUAUCAUAAAUCUGUUUGUUGCUGUCAUUAUGGACAAUUUCGAUUACUUAACAAGAGACUGGUCCAUCCUAGGACCACACCACUUGGAAGAGUUUAUACGCCUGUGGAGUGAGUACGAUCCCGACGCAAAAGGAAGAAUAAAACAUCUGGACGUUGUUACACUCCUGAGAAAAAUCUCACCGCCGCUUGGUUUCGGCAAACUGUGUCCACACCGCGUAGCUUGUAAAAGACUGGUUUCAAUGAAUAUGCCCCUUAAUAGUGACGGAACCGUACUAUUUAAUGCCACUUUGUUUGCUGUAGUUCGAACUUCCCUUCGCAUAAAAACGGAAGGAAAUAUAGACGAAGCGAAUGCAGAACUUCGAGCGGUUAUUAAGAAGAUAUGGAAAAGAACGAGCCCUCAGUUGCUGGAUCAAGUAGUACCUCCACCUGGAGUCGAUGACGAGGUAACCGUUGGGAAGUUCUAUGCAACCUUUCUCAUUCAAGAUUACUUUAGAAGAUUUAAAAAGAGAAAGGAACAAGAAAUGAAAGAACAAGGCGAUAAGGAAUGUCACAACACCGUCACUCUCCAGGCUGGUUUAAGAACUUUGCAUGAAGCAGGUCCAGAACUCAAACGAGCUAUCUCAGGGAACCUAGACGAGUUGAUAGAUGACAAUCCAGAGCCAAUGCACAGAAGAAACCACUCUUUAUUUGGAAGCGUUUGGUCGUCAAUGCGUCGUGGACACAGUUUCAGUAGAGCAAAGUCUCUUAAAGUAAAUUCCGCCCAAAUCAAAAUCUCUCCUACUCCUAGUUCCGAUUAUCUCCCAUAUAAUCAGAAACCUGUAACUGAUGGAGCGAACCAUGUACAUUAUGCGAACAGAAAUGCCGUUCUGCAAACAAGAGCAAGUGUCACGUCUUUACACAAUCAAGAAGGCUUGGGGGACGAGGAGGCAAUACCUUUAAAAUCUUUUAAUAAAUUUUAUGGAAGCGGAGACAAGAAAACCUUUGAAGUGAUCGAUCUGCAGGGCGACCAUACCGAGCUGCUGCCUCCGACGCCGCCACCGCGGCGUGUGCGGCUUAGCCUCGGGGGCGGGGGUUGCAUGCCCUCCUCGCCAGCGGCGUCCAUGCGGCGCGCCCCCAGCUUUAUUCGUAUUGCGUCUGGUCUGAAACUUGCACAAGCACAAGCCAUGGCAGUUGCAGGUUUCUUGCCCAAGACGCACUGGCCUUGUUCGCUCGAGCAGCCCACUGAGACGGAUGGAGGCGUCAGGCAUGCCCGCUACAACUGCAACCUUAAUCACAGAGCUUCCUUUCAUGGCAGAGCGCCCAUGAGUGAACCGAAUGGUCACGCAGGAACUGAACGUCUGUCGCACUCACUUCCCGGAAGUCCUGCUGACCGAAAGCCCACGCUAUUCGAGGUGGUUGGUUCUGCGGAAAGCCUAGUAGGUCGAGUAUUGGCCGAACAAGGUUUAGGUAAAUACUGCGACCCAGAAUUCGUCAGAUAUACGUCAAAAGAGAUGCAGGAAGCACUAAACAUGACCCAAGAAGAAAUGGACCGAGCUGCCCACCAUUUGAUGCAGCAGGAGCACAGAAGAAUAAACGCUCAGAAUAACGAUCUGCUCCAGCCGCAAUUAUAGCAACUGUCACCAACUGGCAGCUGCUCUAAAGAAGCUGCACAAGUUUCCGACCCACGUCAGCAUUCAAAUAAGUGCCUAAUUCACAUCUUUUGGUCCAAGGACGACUAAAGUUAUUAUGUGUAGUUUUUCACCUGGAUUGUUUCUCCAGUUUAAGCCCUGUUGUACAGAGUGUAAAAAGAUUGCAGAAGAAAUGUGACAAACUGUCAUUACUUACCUAAUUUUUAGUUUCUUUUUCUUCACUCUUCCAUAAACUAUACCUUCCGUAUCCGUAUAUUCUUUACUUCAUCGCUACUUUGUUUUAAGUUACAUCACAAUUUCUACUCAAUGCGUCUUAUAAAUGUGCGACAACAAUGUAAAGAAAUUGUAAAUGAUUUGUGAUAAAGACUUUUUUACUCAAAAUCUAAUAAAGAUAUUCAUUCGAACAAUU